AUGCCCAUGUAUCAGAGAUUAAGACACCCAGCAUCAGCUAGCAAUAACAAUAACUAUGAUCCUCAAAUUUGCCAGUACCUCAAUCAUGCUGAAAAAUGUAGGACAUUUGAACUCAUGACAUCAUUAUAUGAAUCGAAGACUCACUCCCAUGGUCAUGCAGAAGAAAAGUCCUUGGAGGUUGAGGAUGGGAGUUCUGAUGAUGGUGACAGUGAGAUCAGUGAUUGUGAGGAGGUUUGGUACAAGAUGUGGCUGCAGAACAUGGUGACACAUGAUAUCACAGACAUCCUCCCUGCCCAGACUCUCUUCUGUUCUCCACCUUGUGAGACCUGGACCCUUGGCCACUAUGAUGCAGCUAUCAUCAAUGUGGACCCCCAUUUCAAAUGGCCAGAGAGUGGCCUGAAAGGUUCAUGGUCCACACUACUUUUCCAUGUCACUCACAAGAGUAUCUUAGGUCAUGUUGUUGGCCAGCUCCAUCUCCUGGUGCACCCUGUUGGCAAGAGGGGGGUGCACAAAGAGAGCAAAUGGCCAACAUCUUGGCAAUGUCAUCCUGCUCAGUCAGAAAUGUCCAAAGACUCAAACAAAAACAGAUAUCAAACAAUAGAUGGUACCUACAAGCUGAUUGGUUCUCUCCCCCCACCCAAACACAGCCACACAGUUCAUGUUAUGGACAAGUUCACUGCUUCAGAACUUGAGGGCACCAUCAUCCAUAAACCAUGGAUACAAGUUAGCUCUCCUCAGAGCCUCGGUUAUGUUACAAAUAUUAUCUUCAAGUCCUUCAGAGAUACAUUCACCUCCAUAGCUCCCAGCUAUUCCACCUCCUUCAACCAGGGUGGCUUGUCAGAGGACAGCCUGAACCACCACCAAAUCCACGAUGCCCAGUCUAUCCAGCAAACCCCAGUGUCAAUGGAUGGUGGACUGGAGCAGAACCAGCUUGCAAGGUUCUACAGCUGCAAAUGCACAGCACUUGUGAUACCUCUCUCCCCUUUCCCCUCUCCUACAACACCUUCUCCUCACUUGGAGUCAGGCAUCCUCCCCAGUGCAAACUCACUCCUGACUCCCACAUCACCCAAACACAUCCCAGCAAUCAGGAGGAUCCAAGUAAACAAGACCUUCUACAAGGUGCUCAAUGUAUUAUUCUUGAGCACAGGCUUUCUAGGAAGGGGUACUGUUUGUUACCUUGCAUGCUACAAUGGGGAAUACUACAUCAUCAAGGAUUAUUGGGUGGAGGAGUCAGAGCAGAGGACAGCCCUACACAAAGUCAACAUGAUGAAGCUGGUCCAGGACAUCGAUGGAGUUCCCAAGUUGCAACACUACUGGGUUGUCAAGGUCGAGCCAGGCAUUUCUCAGAGAACUCACAUGGGAUUGGCUAUGAAGCCAUGUGCAAGGCCAAUGGUAAUGUUCAAGACAAAAAAGGAACUCGUGUCAUGCAUCCAAGAUAUUUUACAAAUCCAACAGCAGGCUCUCGAGAGGGGUGUCCUCCAUCAAGAUUGUAGCAUCAACAAUACGAUGAUCAAGGACUUCGCAAAUGGGUCAUGCAGCUUUCUCCUUGACUGGGAAUUUGCUGUAUGGGUCACAUUACAGGGGGAAUAUGACUUGGGCAGCACAGAAGCCAUCACUAAAAGUGGAAAGACUAAUGUCCCAUCAAUCUGGAAAAGUGCCUCUCUCACCUGCAUAUUCAUCAAUCACCCUACUACUAUACACCAUACAUUUGUGGAUGAUAUUGAAUCCCUGUUCUACAUUUUCAUCUGGAUCCUCAUCCUUUAUGAUGGGCCACUUGGCCACAAGUGUCAAGAUAUCAGCCAUGAAAAGACACUUCUUGGCUUGUGGAGUGAAAAGGCAGCCAAAGAUCUCGAAAUUGCCAGAUGCACCAAGUUCACAUUCCUUAAUGACCUGUCCAAAUUGAGGCUGGAUUUCGAGGUCUCACAAUAUUUUCAAGAUCUAAUCCCUCUGGCUAAUGAGUGCAUGCCAUACAAGAAACCACCAGAGAUGAUGAAUGCAUUUCAGCAGAUCAUUGCCCAGCACAAAGCACUUAAUUCAAGCAUGUGUCUGAGUCAGGAGAAUGAUAUGGAUGUUAUGUCUUCAGCAAUUAUGUCUUCUAAAUGCCUUUGUGAAGAGUGUUUCAAUUCAUUUGCAGCAGGAAGCCCACCCAUCAAUCUUGAAGAGUCUCAGUCUGUUGCCACAGUGGGACUCUGUUGUAGCAGAAGGGCAGGGGCAGGUUCAGGUGGAAGGGCCAAGCAAUUGGAGCAGAUUGGUACUGCCAUUGAAGGCCGAGCUCCACAGACACAAAAGUUGACAGACCUCCCCAACAAUUCUGUUGUAAAUCCUCUUGCACCUCUGCCCACUUGGCAGAAAAAGGGUGGGGGCUGCAGUGCUGGCCAGAAUGCAAAAUCAAAGUCCAAUGUCACCCCACCACCCUAUGCACCUCCCAUUGUGAAUGGUCCUAGCCCAGCUGAUAUGCCCCCAAAUCCUGUCCCUCAGUCUUCAACAGCAGUAGCAACACCUGUCUUCCAUCAGUGCCCCACAGACUCCCAUCACUUUGGUUUCAGUGUUCUGGCUCAACAGCCAGGGAGACCAGUUUCCACUAAUACAUCUCAUCCACCAACACCCCAGCCCAACUACCAGUCUUGGUUUAUCCCCCACCAGCUGCCUGCUACUGUGCCCAACUCUUGUAUCGACCCCUCCCUUGAUAGCUUACUCUCAUCAAGACAAACUUUGGCAACCACUGACAUUCACCACAAGAGUUUGGAGAAGCUGUCAUCAGAGGGCUCCUCAGAAGAGGAGUCAGAGUCCUUGAGUAAUAACUCAUCAGAUGCAGAGGCUGGUGAGGUCUCCAGUGAUGAGUCCAACAAAGAUGAGGACGAUGCAUUUGGAUGGGGUGCAAUGAAUCUUAGGCAAUCAACUCAUCCUGGUACAUGUCAGAGGUUAUUAUGGUAUUGGCUCAAUGUUCUUUGUUAG